GAUGUAUAGGACAGUGAGGGGUGUAAGAUUGCUUUCCAGCAGAGCUGCUCUCAGAAAACCUGCUGUUAAUAAAGCUGUUACGGCAACAGUUACUCGCACAUUCUCAUCUAAAGAAUCAGACGACCCACCUGCACCGAAAGAGUCCGAAGAGAAAACGCUAGUUCCUGCGUCUAAUGAUGCGUUUGAUGGACAUCCUGGUUUGGCCCACAUUCAUGUUCCAGAAUUCUUCCCUAUCGUGCCAUGUAUCGCGGUCAAUAAGAAUCCUGUGCUACCCAAGUUCGUCAAAAUGGUCGAGAUAUCAGAUCCAGAACUGAUGGAGUUAGUCAGCAGUCGUAUUCGCCUCAACAAGCCUUAUGUUGGCGUGUUCUUAAAGAAGGAUGAUGAGAAUACGUCCGAUGUGGUUGAUAAGUUAGAUGACAUCUACAACGUGGGUACAUUUUGCCAAGUUACUGAGAUGAGAAAUGUGGAUGACAAGUUGCGGCUUGUUUUGCUGGGACACCGGCGAAUCAAGAUCACCGAUAUUGCUAAACCAGCUGAGCCUAAGAAGACCGGGGAUAAGGUGGAGGAAGAGGAGAAAAGUUAUGUUGUCGAUAAAAUAGUCCAGGUUGAAACAGAUAACUUGAAGCACGAUCCAUUCAAACAAAACGAUGAAGUGAAAGCUUUGAGCGGAGAGAUCGUCAAAACAUUCAGAGACAUUAUCAAGUUAAAUCCACUUUACAAGGAGAGCAUACAGCUCCUAGUUGACAGCGGCAAACAGAUAAUAGACAAUCCGCCUCACUUGGCUGAUUUUGGAGCAGGAAUGACAAGUGCAGAUGGUCACGAGCUGCAGACGAUAAUCGAGGAAUGCGACAUUCCAAACAGACUUCAACUGUCUUUAGAGCUCCUGAAAAAGGAGCACGCCAUUGUGAGCUUACAGCGGAAGUUAGGCCAGGAAGUGGAGGAAAAGGUGAACAAAAUGCAGAGAAAGUUUAUGUUGAACGAGCAGCUGAAGAUAAUCAAGAAAGAGUUGGGUAUUGAAAAGGACGAUAAGCAGGCUUUGGUGGACAAGUUCAAUGAUAGAAUCAAGGAGAAAACUCUUCCUGCUAAUAUCGCUGAGGUUGUGGAAGAAGAGCUGAAGAAACUUCAAUAUUUGGAAAGUCAGAGUUCAGAGUUCAGUGUCACUCGAAACUAUCUAGAUUGGCUUACUUGCCUCCCUUGGGGCAUCAAAAGUGAGGAGUGUUAUGAGAUCGAUUCAGCUCGCGAAGUUCUGGACAGAGAUCACUAUGGGCUAGACGACAUCAAAGAAAGAAUUCUGGAGUUUAUCGCUGUGGGAAAGUUAAAGGGGACUGUGCAGGGUAAAAUCCUCUGUUUCACCGGACCUCCCGGAGUUGGGAAGACUUCCAUAGCACGUUCUAUAGCCCAAGCUCUUAACAGGGAAUACUUCAGAUUUAGUGUUGGGGGAAUGUCGGACGUGGCGGAGAUCAAGGGACACAGGAGAACGUACGUAGGAGCAAUGCCCGGUAAACUUAUCCAGUGUCUUAAGAAGACUCAAACUGAGAAUCCUCUUGUUCUUAUUGACGAGGUUGACAAGAUGUCACGUGGUCACCAAGGAGACCCCGCCUCGGCUCUUCUGGAGCUCCUGGACCCAGAACAGAACGCUAAUUUCCUGGACCACUACUUGGAUGUUCCUGUUGAUCUGAGCAAGGUUUUGUUUAUCUGCACUGGUAACGCUACUGACACUAUUCCCGGACCUCUCCUCGACAGAAUGGAACUUAUCAACGUUAGCGGGUACAUCGCAGAAGAGAAACUUGCAAUAGCACAAAAGUACCUUUCACCCGCGUCCAGAGAAAGCACUGGUAUUAAGGAAACUAGCCUCAAUAUAUCAGACGACGCUGUCCUGGCUCUUAUUAGAGGUUACUGCAGGGAGAGCGGCGUAAGAGGGUUACAGAAGCACAUAGAGAAGAUAUACCGUAAGAGUGCUAUGAAGAUAGUGUCAGAUCCUGAGACCGUUAUCAGUGUCGCUCCUGACAAUCUGGAAGAUUUUGUCGGUAAACCAAAGUUCACGAACCAGCGAUUGUACGAGAAUACUCCACCAGGAGUCGUCACCGGGCUAGCUUGGACAUCGCUGGGAGGAAAGGAGCUCUACGUUGAAACGGUGUGCAGUAACAAUAUGGCGGACAAGGAAACAGCAGGGAGUUUGAAGUCAACAGGUCAGCUGGGUAGUGUCAUGGAGGAGAGCACUAGGAUAGCACACACAUUUGCCAAGACCUUCCUAAUGGAUAUAGACCCGAAGAACACAUUCUUUAAGCGCGCAGAAAUCCAUCUGCACGUGCCAGAGGGAGCCACGCCCAAAGACGGACCUUCCGCAGGAAUAACUAUAGUUACUGCACUGAUGUCUUUAGCGACGAACACGGCUGUUCAACCUAAUAUCGCAAUGACUGGAGAGGUAUCUCUGAACGGAAAAGUUUUGCCGGUUGGUGGAAUCAAAGAAAAGAUAAUCGCCGCCCAACGAUCGGGAAUAACCUGCGUUAUCAUGCCAAGCGCUAAUAAACGUGACUUCGACGACGUACCAGACUUUAUCAGAAAAGAGCUGACGGUUCAUUUUGUUGAGAAUUAUAGAGAUGUGUAUUCGGUAGUGUUCGGUCAGAACGAUUCAGCGCAAAACUCUAGUUCAGGGGAAAGUAAGCUGAAAAAAGUUAAUGAAGAUCUGAGAAGUAUCGCCUGAAAGUAGGUUGGGAUAUCCUCAUCAAGUGACAUCAACGAGAUACUUUUGUAGAUUAUAAUUUUGAUUUGUACAAACCUGGGGCCACAGUGAUUAAAUGUUUUCGGACCCUCGACCUUGGAACUUGGCGAUGUUUUUUAAAGAAACUGUUAAUUUAUUUUUGAUCGUAGUUAUAAUUUAACCGGUGGAAAUUAAAAUCGAUACUUUUAUUUGAGCGUUGACGUUGAAAUACCUCAGACCAAUCACGUUUAGAAUAAACCGGAUGAUUUCGAAAUGUACUGUAUAUUUUUCGCCAGACCCUAUUUUAGAAAA